CUCAGCCAGGUCCUGGCCAGUCUGGUCCCCAGGACAAGCAGGGACACUGCAGGACAACAUAGUGCUCAUGAAGCAGGUGGGGAGAGGGAGGCAGAGCCCACUGCAAAACCAUUCCAGGCCCCAGCUGCUGGCACUUUGGAACUCCUUCACAUCCUCUGUGCUCUAGUUUAGCUGAGCUGGCUCUCAUUAACCAUUACAGCUUGGGUGUGGCGGGAGGGUGGCGGUGCCGUGGCUCCUGGGCACCAGAGCACAUGGAAUCCUGAGAGGCACAGUUGCAAUGGGGGCCUUGGGUGCCAGAGUUGUCCCUGCCACAACCCCCUGGCACUCAGUAAAGGGGCUGUAGAUGGGGGAGAGGUGCAGACAGGUGGGAGGAGAGGUGAUGCUGGGCUCCAUUCCCAACCCCUCUUGGUUUGGGCUUAGUGCAUGGCCAGCAUCCACAUUAGGUCAGUAUCUUACCAGGGAUCAGGGCACGCUCCUGUGGCACUACCUCUGCCACGUGCGAUCUGGCUGGACUUUGCCUGAUGGGGCACUGCCCUGAGCACAGUCCUGCCACAGGAUCCAGUACUGUCCCAGGCACAGUCCUGGCACAGGAGCCAGCUUGUGGAGGCUGCCAGUAGGGAAGACAGCCAGUGCUGUGUGGACCCACUGUCAGCCAUGGAGCAGAAAGAUGCAAUCAGGCAGGAGCUGGGAAGCCUCCAUGGCAUCCCGCUCUUCAAGAGCUUCAUCGAGGGCUGGCCACAGGUAAAGGCUUUCCAAGCCCGUCCAGACGACCUGCUCAUCUCCACCUACCCCAAAUCAGGCACAACGUGGCUGAGCGAGAUCAUGGACAUGAUCUACCAGGAUGGCAAUGUGGAGAAGUGCCGACGGGAUGCCAUCUACAACCGCGUGCCUUUCCUGGAAAUGAAGGUCUUCAAGGGUCCGAGUGGCGUUGAGCAGCUGGAGAGUACCCCAUCUCCACGGCUGGUAAAGACCCAUCUCCCGGUCCAGCUCCUCCCGACGUCUUUCUGGGAGAAGGACUGCAAGAUUAUCUACAUGGCCCGCAACCCCAAGGAUGUUGUCACCUCCUACUACUACUUCCACCAGAUGGCCAAGAUACACCCUGAUCCUGGCACGAAGGCCGAGUUCUUGGAGAACUUCAUGGCUGGCAAAGUGGCCUACGGGUCCUGGUACGACCAUGUGCGCGGAUGGUGGGAGAAGAAGCAGGAGAAGAAGAUACUCUACCUCUUCUAUGAGGACAUGAAGAAGGACCCACGGCGGGAGAUCCAGAAGAUCUUGCAGUUCCUGGGCAAGGAGUUGGCGGAGGGAACAAUGGAGAGGAUCCUGCACCACACCUCCUUCCAGGAGAUGAAGAAAAACCCUGCUGCCAACUAUGAGACCAUGCUCCCUGAAUUCAUGGAUCACAGCCUCUCUGCCUUCCUCCGGAAAGGGAUCUCUGGAGACUGGAAGAACCACUUCACUGUGGCCCAGAACGAGCGCUUCGACCAGCACUACAAGGAGCACAUGGCAGGCUCUGACCUCCACUUCCAGAUGGAAGUGUGAGGGGCUCAUGUCCCUUCCCAUCCAGAUGGAGAUUCUUGCACUAAUUCACUUUUCCCCCUGCAAUAAACUGUGACAAAUGGAGGUUGAGUCAUUGCCUGCAGGGAAAAUGAGGGUGGGGCCUGAACCUCCUGAAUU